AUGGAAAGUGUCUACCUAAAGAGAUGCUUUGGAAAUGCCCUAACCCAGGCACUGGCAGAGGUGGCAAGGGUUCGACCCAGUGACCCAAUAGAGUACCUGGCUCAUUGGCUUUAUCAUUAUAGGAAAACUACUAAAGCAGAUGAAGAGAAUAAGCCAAAGAUUAUGCAGCUGCAAGCGAAAAUGUGUGACUGUGGCCUCAAGGAAGCAGAAAUGCUGAAGCAAGAAGAGCAUGAGACGCAACAGAGGUGUACAAAGUGUCACAAGAAACUGGUCUCCACAGCACAGCCAGUCUUCAUGAGGGAAGAGAAGGCCUUGAACCAGGCAUCUCAGCCAGAUUCCUCCAAUUCGAUUUCAGGAACACGUCAACAGGUUCCACCCGCACAGCCAGCUGACCAGACUGAGCGUAACCUCAAACCGCUACAGGAAAUAAAUGACUAG